UUUUCCUGCAACUAUAGUUUACAAUCAGAAAUAGCCACACUAGCUUGUUAAACAGCCUCGAUGGUACCAAUACUUGGAUUAUACGCCUGUGUAUUACCAAGGCGUAAUGACGAACGAGGAUGGCGGGAGUCGCCGGUUUUACACCUGUAACUGUUUCACCACUGAUAACAUUUACCUGGACGACUACAAACUUCAUGUCCGAUUUGUGUGCGAGCGGCAGUUCAGACUGGACCACCAACCGCUUCUUCGACAGCGAGGCUGCGUGACGGAACAACAGUUCGAGGACGUGCUCCACAAGAUUUCACAGGAAGUGGACAGGCGGAGGCGUCUCGGUGUGACUUCUGCUGAGCGGGCCCUUUCUAUUAAAGACACGUAUCAGCCCCUUCGUCCUCACGUCUACCAUCUGCAGGAGUCCUUCCUCGCACCGAAGUUUAAGCAAAUCGUUGAGUAUUGUCGAGGCCGCGACGUGAGCGAAGAAGGUCUCGGAGACUUAUUGAAGGAAGAGGCCGCUGCAAGGGUUUAUCGCUUCCCGGUGUUUGAGAAAAGCUUCUGUGAGGACCUGGUGGAGGAGUUGGAGCACUUUGAGCAUUCCUCCGCCCCUAAAGGAAGACCCAACACCAUGAACCAUUAUGGGAUCCUCCUGAAUGAACUAGGUUUUGACGAGGGCUUCAUCACACCCCUGCGUGAGCGCUACCUGCAGCCGCUCUCCUCCCUUCUGUACCCCGACUGUGGAGGACGCUGUCUGGACAGCCACAAGGCCUUUGUCGUUAAAUAUGACAUGAAUGAAGACCUGGACCUGAGCUACCAUUACGACAAUGCAGAGGUCACCCUGAAUGUUUCCCUGGGCAAGGACUUCACGGAGGGCAACCUUUAUUUUGGUGAUAUGAGACAGGUGCCUUUAAGUGAGAUGGAGUGUUCAGAGGUUCAACACAAGGUGACCGAGGGCCUCCUCCACCGGGGCCAACACAUGCACGGGGCCCUGCCCAUCUCCUCCGGCCAGCGCUGGAACCUCAUCGUCUGGAUGAGGGCUUCACAGGAACGCAACAAGCUGUGCCCCAUGUGCAACGGGAGGCCGGCGCUGGUGGAAGGGGAGGGCUUCGCCGACGGGUUUACCGAGCCAUCGGGCGCUCCGGUGAACUCUUUGUGUGUGUUGACGUGACGCUACUGGACUACAGGAUUUGAAAUAAGCCCCUUUUUAAUUUCGGUCUGUUUAUGUCUAAUGCUUUUUUUUUUUAAUUGUCUGUUGUGAUGGAGUAAAUGAAAAUGGCCUUAAUUUUAAUGAUACAUUUUGACUGUAUUCCAAAUUGGAAUAAUAUUAAUAUUUAUUAUUUGUACUAUUGAUAAUGGUACUGGUGAACCCUCCCUUGUUUACAGUUUGAUUGUACAACCUAAUUGGGCUUCAGAAUACAUAAUUGGGGAUACACAACUCUGAAUUGCCCUCUUUCUUUACCCAACACGCACAUUCUGUACAUGAGGCCAGGGAUUGUUGAAGCAUUCAGACUUCUUCAACAAGUCCCGGUUUUGACCACAGUGCUCCACUGCUCCGUUUCUCACAAAACUGAAAAGAAGCCUUUUAGAAUGACGGUUUGCACUCAGAGACUUGCAUAAAAGACCCAAAUAUCUACGUAACACAAUCCGCCUUCAUCUUAUCCAUCUUCUACCGAGGCCAUAAACCUCGGUAGAAGAUGGAUAGGAUGAAGAUUUAGAAGUUGUGGGUUGGUCACAUGAUCCGGCCAAUGCCCCCAUCUACUUAAUUAGGUUAAUUUCAGCAGAAGAACUCCAGGACCCAACAUCGAUAAUAUAAAACAAGUCACUGUGUUCAACACAAGACAAACCACAUGCUUUGGAGUAAGUGUAUUUUAAUUACAUAAAUGAUGUCCGUCAAUUUCUUUUGCCUAUUGACAUAAGCAUGAAGAGUUGUGGUGGAAGUUAAUUGUGUUCGCAUACAGAGUCUUUGAGAAUAAAAACAAAAGUAUUUUACA